GUUGCAUCUUCAAAUGUUGACGCAACAAACGCAGUGCUACAACAAAGUGGCGGAAUAGGUCUUUUAGAAGCCAGCUUUCUCUCCACGCAUUCGCAUCAGAGUAGCACGAGUGGCGCAAAACAGCAUUCGCGGGAAUUGCACAGCCGACUACUGACAAGGGAGUCGGCGGCAGGGAAUGUAGAUGUAUUGCCGGUGAAAGAGGCAUUUAUAGGGAGUGUAACCGAACAAGAGGUUUCAAAAUUAGAUCUGAACUCUUCGACAGCGGGUGUUGGCCAUGCUCCCGUAGCUCAGCAAGAAGCGGCAGCCCACGACAUCAGAGAAAAUACCGUAGACCCACAGAGGACUACUGGGGACGAUGUUAAUUCAAGAGCACAGAUACAAGGAGUUGUGCCAAACAAGACGUAUACAAGAACUACAGCAUCCAAUAAUUCUUGUCACACCAUGACUACAGCAGCCGUAGCAACCACACUAAGGAACCAUAAAGCAGCAAUGAAUCAUCGCAAAGCUGCACAUGGGCAUGGAGUAGAGGACUCCUCUUCUGCUAAGCUGUUUUCUAUAGAUUUCUGGGAAGCUCGCACAGGAGAUGGCGCCGCAACAGAAGAGGCGGUCGCAAGGUCGUUUAAGCCGCUUCAAGAAGACGCUGCUUACCAUGAUCUAACGGAUUUUUCUGUUGUUCCCGCGAGAUUUGACAGUGCCGUUGUAGUAGGAAAGGGAGAUGAAGAACAUGAACAGCCAGGGCCAGGAAAUACUUCCGGUGGUAGUACAAGUUUUACUGCUGCUGGGUCAAGAACAGCUUCUUCAUCUUCUACAUCUAAAAAUACUACUCCCGCAACGACUUUCAAAGCCGCGCCAUCUCUUCCGUCGGGGCCAACGUUUCUAGUGGAGAGCCGGAAAGAAGAGGAAGAAGGACCUGCACCAAGAAGCUCGCUUUUAGUCGGUGGGCGUCUUUUUGGCGGCACUAGCGCCAAGAGCAGUCGCGCGUCAUCGCAUCGUCUGCCGACAUUGACAGAGGAGGAGGAGAGCGCCUCCACUUUGCCUGCGAUUUUGCAAGGCUUGAGGACGAAAAAAGAGAGCAUUGCUGGAGAGGAUGGAAGUUACGUUCCAGACGCAAAGCAACAGCAAGAACAAGUUGCAUCCUCAAAAACGGAUUUCACAUCUAUGGCUGAAGACCUGCUACGACGGAUGAGAAUAUCUGAGGACAAGGAAAAUAUAGGAGGAGGACCUUCAAAUCUACCACGAACGUCAAGUGGACGGAUACAGUCUGGUAGACUCACUUUGCAGUAUGAAUAACGCUUUCUCACUCUGUUGACUCGCACAUCUGAGUCUGACUUCUCCCACCUAUAAUUGUCAGAGGCAGGCCAGAAAACAAAGUUUGCAC